AUGUCCGACCCUGAGAAAUACAUUGUCGGCUGGAUUUGUUCCUUGGCCACUGAAUACAUUGCUGCACAAGAAAUUCUCGAUGAGGAGCACGAAGGACCGACAUUUGUGUCACCGAAUGAUCCGAACGACUACACGUUGGGCAAAAUUGGGAAACACAACGUCGUGAUUGCCGUUUUGCCGGAUGGUGAGCAUGGAACAGCUUCUGCGGCCAGUGUGGCAGCGAACAUGUUGAACAGCUUCCCGAACGUCAGGAUCGGGCUUAUGGUCGGCAUUGGUAGUGGGGUACCAAGUGAGAAACAUGACAUCCGUCUGGGCGAUGUUGUAGUCAGUGCAGCUCGUAAUGGUGAGGGUGGUGUGUUCCAGUACGACUUUGGCAAGUCGAUACAGGCCCAGAGCUUUGAGCAUAUACGGUUCUUGAACCAGCCCCCAACUACACUACGCACCGCGAUAUCAGGGAUCCAAGCACACUAUAAAAGGAAAGGACAUCAGCUUGCCGAGGCUGUCAAUAGAAUUAUCGACAGGAACCCACGGCUACGGCGAGAGUAUGAACGACCACAACCAAUCACUGAUCGGCUAUUCAAAUCCGAAAUCGUUCACGACUCAAGAGGCUGCGACCAAUUUUGUGCGAGCAGUCCCUCCAAUUUAGUUAUGCGACGCGAGCGGACUGAAUAUGACGAUAAUCCUGCCAUCCACUACGGCCUGAUUGCUUCUGCCAACCAGUUGAUGGCGGAUGCUUCAAUUCGAGAUAAGUUGGCGGUGGAAAAAGAUGUUCUCUGUUUUGAAAGGGAGGCCGCAGGUCUCAUGAAUAGUUUUCCCUGUCUAGUGAUUCGGGGCAUAUGCGAUUACGCUGACUCGCACAACAAUGAAGACUGGCAAGGGUAUGCAGCAAUGGUGGCGGCUGCAUACGCCAAAGAUUUGCUGGCUCGGAUCACACCGAACAAGAUCGAGGCCGAGAGGAGGAUUGACAACAUUCUAUCUGGAACAUUGCACAGACACAGCUCGAUAUACAGGGAAAUGACAUCUUGA